AUGCUUCUGCCGGCGAGAAUCUUUCGACGUCGGCCCAGACUGGCCGUCCUCGUUCUCAUUGGCCUCGUCGUGUAUGUCGUGCAUCGCAAUCGAGUCGCAUUCGAGGACCUGCCAAAGCAAUGGACGGCCGACCCGGUAGGGUGGACACACCAUGGCCGUGGUCGUGGCCGAGAACGUCACAAACUCCUCGCCGAUGUGGCCAAUACGACACUAGGUUUCCAGGAAAUAUUCGUCGUCAACUUGCCGUCGCGGACGGACCGCAGUGAUGCCAUAGCGCUGGCCGCCAGCCUGACGAACCUAAAGCUCACAUUCAGCCCCGGCAUCGACAGCCAGACCGUCCAAGACCGCGUGCUUCCCGCCGACAGCGCGGGACAGCCGAUCCCCGCGGGCAACAAGGGCUCGUGGCGGGCGCACAUGAACGUGCUGCGGCGAAUCAUUGAGCAGAAUUUGACGACGGCGCUGGUGAUGGAGGACGACAUCGACUGGGACGUGCGGCUCAAAGAGCAAAUGACGUCGUUUGCAUUGGCUGCGCAGGCGUACGGCCAGCCACAGCGGGUUCAGGGUUCUGGAACAGGGAGGUCGCUGGCACAGCUCCAUAGACCUCUGUUUGACAAGGCUCCAAGAAGCAUUCCCGAUUUCGGCGGAGCGACCCUCAUGCGCAAAGGCCAGCAACCUUCUGGCCCGGCAGAGGAACAAUCAAGCGACCAUGCCCAUGUGUAUCGCCUCAUUGUAGCCGCUUCCGAUGCCAAGGGCUACACGCAAAAGAAGCAUGACGUCCCAUUGGCCUCAGCGCCGGAAUACGAAUGGGCGACAACAUCACCCUACGGCGACGACUGGGACGUCCUGUGGCUCGGCCAUUGCGGCACCGAGUUCCCGGCAUCGCCGCCAUCGUUUACAAAACGGCCAGACACCAUUGGGGGCACACAAAGUGGCGGGCCCUCGUCGGCACCGGCCCAGCUGUCCCUCUUGCGUGUGAUCAUGGCCGACGACGUCACGGUCCCUCAGCCAGCCGACCUCCGCCCGCACCCGUUUGCCCUUCCCGAUCAAAUUGGCAAGCAAUACCCUCCUCAUACGCGCGUCGUGCACACGGCCAGCGGAACAUUGUGCACACAGACGUACGCUGUCAGCCAGCGGGGCGCGCGGAAGCUGCUUUAUCAAUUUGGGCUGGCUUCGUUCACGACAGGGUUUGACCUGAUGCUACGGGACUGGUGCGAUGGUAUGUAUCGCCAAGGGCCCGGAACGACGCCGAGGAGGCGUCGAGCGGCGACAACCACCGGCGGCGGGCAGUUGGCCGGUGACGAUGGAGCAGAGGAGCCCCUGCCGCAGUGUUUGACGGUGCAGCCACCACUGUUCAGCCACUUUCUUGUGGCCAAAGAGACCAGCUCGGACAUUGGGGCACAGGGCGGCGGCUUCUUGCACAAGACGGGGUCGCAGUACAUACGCCUCAGCGUGCAGCAGAAUCUACGACGGCUGGCAAACGGCGUCGGCCUGAGUGGCUUGAAAGACCAGUGGCCCGAGGAAUCCGGAGGGCAUCACGACGGUGGGUGA